CGCCUGCCCGGCCCGUGCGGGCACGGCCGCCAUGGGCUGGCUGGGGGCGGCCGGGCGGCGGCUGCGGCGGCGGCUGCGGGGCGCCGAGGUGGUGCGGGAGACCUGCCGGCAGUACCCGCUCUCCUGCUGCCUCCUCCUGGGGCUGGGCGCCGCCACCCUCCUCCUCAACCGGUAUCUUCACGUCUUAAUGAUCUUCUGGUCGUUCGUGGCUGGUGUCGUCACCUUCUACUGUUCCUUAGGACCGGAUUCCCUCUUGCCCAAUAUUCUGUUCACAAUAAAAUAUAAACCCAAGCAGUUGGAAUUGCCGGAGCUGUUUCCCCACGGUCACAGUUGUGCUGUAUGUGGCAAGGUCAAAUGCAAGAGGCACAGACCUACAUUGCUUCUGGAAAACUAUCAGCCAUGGCUGGAUCUGAAAGUGCCUUCCAAGGUUGAUGCGUCACUCUCAGAGGUGCUUGAGUUGGUGCUGGAAAACUUUAUUUAUCCAUGGUACAGAAAUAUUACUGAUGAUGAAUCCUCAGUGGAUGAACUGAGAGGCACACUGCGGUUUUUUGCAUCUGUGUUAGUUCGGAGAAUUCACAAGGUGGAUAUUCCAACUGUUGUAACAAAGAAGAUGCUCAAGGCAGCAAUGAAACACAUUGAAGUGAUAGCCAAGGCCAGGCAAAAAGUAAAAAAUGCAGAAUUUUUGCAGCAGGCUGCUUUAGAAGAAUAUGGACCAGAACUCCAUGUUGCUUUGAGAAGCCGAAGAGAUGAACUUCACUACUUAAGAAAACUUACUGAACUUCUUUUUCCUUAUAUUUUACCCCCAAAGUCAACAGAGUGCAGAUCCUUGGCUCUUCUGAUAAGAGAGAUUCUUCCUGGUUCUGUUUUCCUCCCCUCGAUGGAUUUCUUAGCUGAUCCCGACACUGUCAACCAUUUGCUGCUGAUCUUCAUUGAUGAUAGUCCACCUGAGAUAGCAACUGAACCUACUUCUUCACUGGUUCCAUUCCUUCAGAAAUUUGCAGAGCCAAGAAAUAAAAAACCAUCUGUACUGAAACUGGAGCUGAAGGAGAUCAGAGAUCAACAAGACCUUUUAUUUCGGUUUAUGAACUUCCUGAAACAGGAAGGGGCAGUACAUGUGCUGCAGUUCUGCCUGACUGUAGAGGAAUUCAAUGACCGAAUUUUGCGACCAGAACUGUCAGAUACUGAAAAGAUGUCUCUUCACGAGGAAGUACAGAAAAUUUACAAAACUUACUGUUUGGAUGAAAGCAUUGACAAAAUUAGAUUUGACCCUUUCAUAGUGGAAGAAAUUCAAAGAAUUGCUGAAGGUCCAUAUAUGGAUGUUGUGAAACUUCAAACUAUGCGGUGUCUUUUUGAAGCUUAUGAGCAUGUACUUUCUCUGCUUGAGAAUGUUUUUACUCCAAUGUUCUGUCACAGUGAUGAGUACUUCAGACACCUUUUAAGAGGAGCAGAGUCACCAACACGCAAUUCAAAGUUUAACAGAAGUAGCCUGAGUUUGGAUGACUUACGGACCACACAGAAGAGAGGAGAAUCAUUUGGAAUCAGCAAAAUAGGGAACAAAAUAAAAGGUGUAUUCAAGAGUUCUGCAAUGGAAGGAGCUAUGUUGCCAAACUAUAACUUAAACGAAGGAGAAGAUGACUUCAUUGAAGAAGGCGUUAUGGUGAUGGAAGAUGAUUCUCCUGAGGAGGCUGUCACUACCCCAAAUACACCCCGCAACCUUGCUGCAUGGAAAAUUAGCAUCCCAUAUGUAGAUUUUUUUGAUGAUCCCUCCCUGGAAAGAAAAGACAGAAAGGAGAGAAUUCCUGUAUUCUGCAUUGAUGUAGAGAGAAAUGAUAGAAGGGCAGUUGGACAUGAACCUGAACACUGGUCUGUCUACAGGAGGUAUCUAGAAUUUUAUGUGCUUGAGUCGAAGCUUACAGAAUUUCAUGGUACGUUUCCUGAUGCUCAGCUUCCCUCAAAGCGAAUCAUUGGCCCCAAGAACUAUGAGUUCUUAAAAUCCAAGAGAGAGGAGUUUCAGGAAUAUCUGCAGAAACUUCUACAACAUCCAGAACUGAGUAACAGCCAGCUUUUAGCUGAUUUCCUGUCCCCUAAUGGAGGAGAGACUCAGUUUCUUGAUAAAAUGUUACCCGAUGUGAAUCUUGGUAAAAUCAUAAAAUCUGUUCCAGGAAAACUCAUGAAAGAGAAAGGUCAGCAUUUGGAGCCGUUCAUCAUGAAUUUUAUCAACUCCUGUGAAUCUCCCAAGCCUAAACCAAGUAGGCCUGAACUUACCAUUUUGAGUCCCACUUCUGAAAAUAAUAAGAAGCUUUUUAAUGAUUUAUUCAAGAAUAAUGCAAACCGGUCUGAGAAUACAGAAAGGCGACAAAAUCAGAACUACUUCAUGGAAAUGCUGACUGUAGAAGGAGUCUAUGACUACCUAAUGUAUGUUGGUAGGGUAGUUUUCCGCAUUCCUGACUGGCUGCAUCAUCUCUUGAUGGGAGGAAGAAUUCUCUUCAAAAAUACAUUGGAACUGUACACAGACUAUUACUUGCAUUACAAAUUAGAACAACUAUUUGAGGAGCACCGGUUGGUUUCUCUGAUAACGCUGCUGAGAGAUGCCGUGUUCUGUGAGAACACUGAGCCUCGCUCUCUCCAGGAUAAACAGAGGCGAGCAAAGCAGACUUUUGAAGAAAUGAUGAGAUACAUUCCAGAUUUAAUAGGGAAGUGCAUUGGGGAAGAGGCUAAAUAUGAAGGCAUCAGGCUUCUGUUUGAUGGACUGCAGCAACCAGUGCUCAACAAACAGUUAACCUAUGUUCUGCUGGACAUUGGGAUUCUAGAACUCUUUCCAGAGCUGAGUAAGGGUCCGAAGGAAACGAGCUCUGUGUCAAGUUGGAUGUGAGUGAAGGGACCUUGCUGGACACCCAGUAGCAUCUGCUGUGCACUUUUGUAAUGGACAUGUGACAUUUUAACCUUGCCUUGUAUAUUUUCUUGUAAAUAACAUAAAAUUUAAGUUCUAAAAAAUAUCUUUAUUCAAUAAAGACAUAAAAAUUUAAUAUCAGUUGCAAGUAAAUAAAAUAUUUGUACUUUCUGUUUAAAAUUUGUUUUAGCUGUUACCAGUAAAAGUCAAAUUAAUUUCCCCCAAAUCUCUCCAUGUGUGAAAUUACAGAAUGACAUUAAAUAAAGCAGCUCAGAGAUCAGCCAACUUACGCUUUACCAAAAGAGCAAUUACUGGAUGUCUUCCUUAAAGGAUAUGUAGAAAAAAUGUUUGGAAGAAGCUGUAGAAUGCUCUCAUUAUGUUAUUUUUAACUGUCUUAACAAAUCUUACUAUUUUUUAGAAAACCGAAAUUAUGGGAUUGAAUCUGUUGCAUACAAAUAAUCUCAGAACUAUCUUUGGCCUUUAUGCUCUCUGUGAGCAUGGAAAAUAACAUGUAAUUUAGUCUAUUUAAUACAUGACCUUUAAAUCUAAAGCAUUCUUAAAGUAAUAAUGGGUGUGAAAAGUGGUUUUGACUUUUACCUUAGCCUUUAUUUUUCUGCAGUUUCUUACCUGGGAUUACCUGACAUCUGGCAUCCCAGGAUGCAAGUCUGUUCACAGCUUUUUUUAAAAAUUUAUUCCUAUAAAAUUGGGUGGAAGAUUUUUGCUGUAAAUCUUAAUUUGUUGGCCCAGCCUUUAUAAAAGAGACUUUGAAAUGGA